AUUACGUUUCUAAAGACAUUGUACUCGCAACAGAUUUGCAAGGAUGUUUUUAUAACCCUGUCGGAAGUGCAAGAUCCCGGAGAACGUGACAGCAUAUAAAGAACAACCCGCUCGCGGCAUACAGAAGGCAAGAAUGAAGCGCGCUUCUGUUUCUCUUUUUCAUUUCCGAUGCACUUUCAAUGACUAAUUCACAAGCUGCACGACAAGCCACUUUUCAUUGUAUAUUAAUGUCUUUUUUUUUCAGUGCACACCAAGUUUUGGAAGGAGAAUGCUACUGAAAAUUCACAAGACCCUCAGCCCCUUGGAAUAGGAAAGAGGCUCAUUAAAGCAUGCGUCCUUUUUGAAAUGGAAAACCCUCGCGAUCGAGAACAUGCAUUUCUUCUCCACCUAUUCGUUCAAUUGUUGGCAGUGCUCAAAAUCUGCUCGCUGUGGUGUCCCAAGCCGUGGUCGUUCCCAGCUACCAGACUACAGUACUGCUAGAUAAAAAAAAAAAACACUGACGGGACUGUCGAAAAAUUGGGAUCUGUAGAUAUACAGAUUUAUCAUGAACCUUUAUCAGAGUGGACACUAUAGAUAAGUCUAACAUUAGCUGCACACCUUGCUAUAUUAUCACUAGAACGAGACCAUUUGUAGUUUUAGUGCCAUUUGUGGUUCGAGACUGGCCCUUGGACCCAGCUUUCCUUCACCAGCUUGCUAACGACAGCAGCUGGCAGGACAAGCACCCAAGAGCGGGCAGUGAAACUAGAAAUCGAGGACCUGACAGCCUCACCAAAGGACGAGUUCCUGACCAGAAUGAAGGCUCCCGAGAUGAACAUCACACCAGAAGUGCUGGAGUUCUGGCUGCAGGAGUCGAAUCUCUCCCGGCAGCAGUUCAUCAGGAAGUUUGGGUUAGAGCCGCUGGUGUUCAUUCCCCGGCUGCCCGCCGCCCUGCAGCCCGCGCUCGGAGUCCUGUACGGGUUGAUUUUCGUCCUGGCGCUGGCUGGCAACGCGAGUGUCCCGAUCCUCCUGCGCCGCGAGAAGGCCCUCAAGUCCAACAGUGCGUUUUUCGUGUGCUCCCUGGCGCUCAGCGACCUGCUCCUCUCGCUCUUCUGCAUCCCCGCCACCCUGCUGCAACACUUCUCCACCAACUGGCUGGCCGGACAGUUCCUGUGUAAGCCCUGUCUGGUUCCAUUUGUCCAGGUGACGGCCGUGUCCACGAGCAUCUUCACCAUGAUGUGCAUCGCGGGCGAGCGUUUCCAAGGCAUCCUGUACCCCUUGCAGCUACGGAGCGGCUACUCCCUGAGCAGGGAUGCCAAGAUCUUGGCUGUUGUGUGGUUGGCUGGGUUGGCUAUAGCAUCCCCCAUGUGGUACGCACACAAAGUGGAGGUGAAGUAUGACUUCCUCUUUGACGUGCGUUACACCUGCUGUCAGGAAGUGUGGCCCCGCCCCCAGCAGCGACAGGCCUACACCACCGUCCUAUUGGUUCUGGUGUUCCUGGUUCCCAUGGCGACCAUGGGCGUGCUGUAUGGGAAGAUCAUCUCUGAGCUCUGGGGUAAACACCACGUCCACGAUGUCAUGCUCCAGACCCUGCCGUGCUCCGAGAUCAACAAGAUCACCAGGAAGAAGAGGCGCGCGGUGAAGAUGAUGGUCGUGGUGGUGCUGCUCUUCGUUCUCUGCUGGACUCCCUUUCACCUGGUGUCGGUCCUCAUAGACUACGGAAAGCUGUGGCUGACCCCAGAACAGGAACUCCUCCUCUUCACAGCGGUGCAGCUCCUGGGGUUCAGCAACUCCGUCUGCAACCCGGUGGUGUACGCCGCCCUCAACGAGAACUUCAAGAAGAGGGUGCUGUGCCUGCUGCUGCAGCGAGGGGCGGAGGGGCGGCGGGAGGGCAGGCUGGGCGGCCCGGGGGCCCGCGUGGGCAUCUCCACAGUGGAGUCGCCGCGUCUGGGGGAGCAGAUGGAGACGAGCAUGCUGGGAGCAGGGCGUCUCUCCAGUCGCACUGCCUGGGAGCCACAGACCUCCACGUCCUUUCCUCCGGUCCACCUCUUCCGAGCCACCCCCAAACAGUACAGCGCACCCCUAAUGCUGAGCGUCACCGACCCGCUCACCCUGUCUGCAGCAGCGCCAUGAACACCACUAGGGGGAGCAUGCAUGCAAAGUCAAUU